CCAACGAAUACGCAUGGGCGCUAGAGAGAACUGCACUAAACAGUGAAAGCUUUGGCGCGUGGUCUUGCUUUUCUUUGCGCGUAAAGGAUGCGGUCGGUUUAUGUGUACGCGUAUUUUGUGUCAGGUGCUUGUUCAGUCGUUACAAGAUUGUCUUCAAGGACUGGAGUUACAGCUGCUAGAAAGAAGGUCGACGGGGAGUAAACAUCAUUUCAGCGACAAGGAUGACUACGAAGGCGAGCCGAGAGAAAAACGACACAGACGAAGACGGUCGCGGUCAAGAUCGCGUGACAGGAGCCGCAGGUCAAGAUCACGCGAGAAGCGCUCGAGAUCACGUGACCGAGAUCGUCACCGCCGAAGAUGAAAAGCCCCGUGUGAAGAAUGUUUUUUUAAGUCGUCUAAUGCUGUGGUCGAAACUACACUUUGUAACCCCAUGCUGUAUUCAGUCGUGUAAAUUCUGCUCCCUUGUAAGAUAGUGUAGUCUCUGAUCUUCGCCGGCGUUAUAUAGAUUGUCACGCAACGCUCCUCGCCACAAGCAAUGAUUGGGGAUAAACGUGGCGUGGCAACUCAUGCGAUGGCUGCGAAGGAGAUCGAAUGAUUCUCUGCCUUCUUUACGGCGCUCGUCUCGUUCACAAGCUGCCAAACUAGUGUUGUUUGACUGUUUUCCUUUUUGCUCCAUUUCCGAAGUGGUUAUAGCCUUUCGGAUAGUUGCUAGGAAUUUUUUGCUAACCUCUAGAGUCGUAAAUCACUUUUAAGAAACCCUUCAACGUGUCUCUAUUUCUCUGUUUAUAUACUAUUGGUUUGUGCACGAACUCUCCUUUUUUUUACCAGCCUUAUUUGAGGUUAAUAAAGAAAUGUAACUGAUAAACAGAAGAGUUUUAUUCUGUGUUCGCUUGAGAUCUUGUCCGCCGAUCGUUGGCACUGACCAAAAGAUAAAAUGUGUUAAGAGAUCGUGUUAAUCUUGCCUCGGGACUCGUGCGUUAUCGUCAAACCGCCCAUACCGCAGGCGAGAUCUUCCGGCAUUAAUGAGGCCUUCUCUUGUCCCCAGGGGCCGUUAUCAGUAUUGCUUCACUCAGUAAAAGGCGCGAAACAAGAGAAGAGGACUCAACUAGCCGCAAGUUGAACUUGCGUAGAGACUUGAAUGGGGGCCGAACGGACUCGCAAGUUUCCUCGCUAGUCGCAAAAACCUAUUUCAAGGCUACAUAUCCUGCAUUUCAUUAGCUAACAGAUUUCUAAAACAACGAAUGGACGUUACUCAACUUGCGUAGACUUUGGGUGGCGAAACGGUGAAAGACUUGCGUCGACUUGCGUGCAAAUUUGAUCUAGACUAGAGUGAGCGCAAGUCAACUCAAGCCCACCCAAGACCUGGCGAAACGGAGUCGCAAGGAGGCCCAAGUUUUCAAUUUUCGUCUACUUGCGAGUUCGUGUGGCCAGGACUUUAGGUGGGAAAACGCAGAUCGUGUCAAGUUCCCGAGUGCAGCAGCGAAGUCGUUGCCACGCUAAGAAAAGAGACGCAGGGAAGGAGUUAAGAGAAAGAUCUGGGAACGAGUAGUUUUAUUAAUAGUUCCUUUGUGAGUUGCACCUGUCUCGUCGACAAACACAGAAUCUUCUGAAUGACAGUUGAAACAGAUAAACAAAAGCGGCAUGCUAAUAUGUGUAAUAAUAGCUUUUUGUCACUUAAAUCUAUAAAAACGAAUUCAGUUUCAUCGUGAGUUUUUCUAAGCCCCAAAAUAAAUCGAUCAUUUUCGAUAGAGCUCAGCUUAUUUAUUCUAGCAACGAUGAAAGCAUUUUUCAUGGAAGAUCAAAGUAAUAAACGUUUUCUUUUACGACAUUUCCAGAGCAAACAAAGACGAGAAUACAUGCAAAUGGAAUAAUGGUUCCGUCUUGUAUAUGACAUUCAAUUUCGAGCCAAGCUGUCAAAAGAAAACAUAUGGCUAAGAGGACGGCCAUAUUCAAUGCUUGGAGAGUCCGUUUAUUUGCGAAAUAAGAAACAGUAAGUGGAACACACUAACAAGGUGUUAGGCGAUUUACGGGUGUGCAAAUCGGUUGAGGACUUAUUCAGUGGGAAAAGCGGCUGUGAAUAUUUACUUUUAGCAAGAAAAACCGGCACGAGAGCUUAUGACUUAUUGAUACUACCCGACUUGACUUCCUUUUAAAUUUGAGUGGAAUAUUUAACGAACAACAAUUAUACGGUUGCUAUCGUGUUGCUAAGCUAACAAUUUUUCGCUUGAAGUCAAAACAUACAGUGUAAGGUUUUGACUCGCGAAGUUUUAACGGGGAUUUUUUAAGGUAGCCGCGAAAAAAAAAACAUUUUGGUGUCGGAAAACUUUGUUUGAAUAAGCCGAGGCAAAAUGGCUUCGUCGAUAAUUGCUGGAGUAAACGUCGAAGAUAUAUCAAGACAUUUAAAUUGUUCUCUCUGUAGAAGGUUGAUUCGUACACCGAGACUUUUGCCAUGCUUACAUUCAUUUUGUCAAGUUUGUGUUCAAAACCUGGCUGAGAAACUCGCGCCGAACGAAUUCCUGGCUUGCCCGCUGUGUAAAACAGACGCGAAGAUUUCAAAGGAAGAAGUGGAAAACCUGCCGAUAAAUUUCUUUUUGGACAACAUGCUUGAUAUUGCGUUGAUAAAUUCGAGCGACAGAGAACCUGUUCCUUGUUCGAACUGCGACUCGUUCAAUUCAGCCGCGACUUCUCGAUGCGUGGAUUGUGGGGAGUUUCUUUGCGAGAAUUGCUACAAUGUCCACAAGAGAAUUCGUCAGACCAAGGAACACAAGAUUUUGACGAUUUCCGAGCUUCUUGCCAGUAAAACCGGGGAGGACUUACACAGACCAGCGUUUUGUAGAAUCCAUCACAGCGAACAAUUGAAAUAUUACUGCGAAACGUGCAACGAGGCAGUUUGUAGAGAUUGUGUUUUAAUGGAACAUCGUCAGCACAAAUAUGAUUACAUUAAAGAUUCAAAAAAGAUACAGAAACAGAAGGUCGUCGUCGAGAACCUGUUUAAUCAAUGCUCUGAGAAUAUUCCAGUGUUAGAAAAAUCGAUUAAGGAAAUACAGGGAAUUUCCGAUACUCUUCGUGGAAGGUUAGCGGCAGUCAGGGCUGAAAUCAGAGAAGCCACUUUAAAGCAGAUAAAAGUUUUAAAGGAAAAAGAGAGGAAACUUCUGAUGGAGGCGGACAGAAUUCACAACGGGAAAGCGACCAUUUUGAGGCGGCAAAAAGACCAACUCGAGGAAGACUUCGCAAGGUUCAAAGCCGGUUGCGAUUUUUCCGAGCAGGUUUUGAAGUACGCGAAUGAGGUCGAACUGCUCUCACUGAAAACACACAUCACUGAAAGGCUAACAGAGUUGAACAGCACGGAACUUGACUGCCUUCCGCACGAAAACGCGGAAUUAAAAUACGAGGUGAACAGCAAAGAAGCCGAGGCUGUCGUCUCUCAGUCUCUGGGAAGUUUAAAAACAAGCGGUCCACAUUUGGUGCUGGAAGAUAUUGAGAUACCGCCUUCCACGAAUGGAAGUAUGAGCGAGUCCGUGGAAGAUUUCCGUGAAGAAGCGCCACUUUCCGUGGAAGUACGAGAUCCCGGCGGAGUCCUUCUUCCUCCGGAGACAAUCCACCAAGCUGACGGACAGUCUUACACAAUAUAUCAUCCGUUCUUCAACGGCACCUUCUCGUUCGCUGUGUUCGUGCGUGGACAGGUUGUGGAGGGCUUUCCGCUGGACAUAAACAUCGGGGACAUCAGGCCUCGUGUUCGAAGCGCCAAGAAAGCUAUCGCGGGGAACGGGACCAAGUUUGGUAAAUUAGGAGAUCCCCAGGGUGUGGCAGUUAGUGAGGAGGGGAACGUGAUCGUCAGCGACUCGCGUAAUCAUCGUCUUCAGGUGUUUGACAUGGAUGGGACCUUCCGCUUCCGGUUUGGCUCGCCCGGAAGUCGAGAUGGUCAUUUCCAGUUUCCCAGCGGAGUUGCAGUGACCAGCGAGGGGAACAUUGUUGUAGCGGACUCAAUGAAUAAUAGAAUCCAAAUAUUUACGAAAGAUGGCAAGUUUAUUAAGAAGUUUGGCAAAGGAAGUAUGGAGGGAGAGCGCCUCUAUCAGCCUUACGGUGUCGCCUUAGACACCCAGGGUCGUAUCUUUGUUGUAGACCGAGGAAAUGCUCGCGUUCUUGUGUUCAAUCGGGAAGGUCAAAUAAUAUUGACAUUCGGUAGCCUUGGCGACGGAAAGGGCCAGUUCAAUUGCCCAUCAGGCGUAGCAGUGAACAGUAAGGGUCACGUGAUUAUCACUGACUUCGGAAACGAUCGCGUUCAGGUGUUCAGCUCGAAAGGCGAGUUCCUGUUCAAGUUCGGAAAGAGCGGAAGGGGCGACGGCGAACUCAAUUGGCCCACCGGAGUAACCACGGACGCUGACGAUCACAUUAUCGUGAGCGACUCGUACAAUCAUCGGAUUCAGAUGUUCAACGAAGACGGCUCGUUUCUGACACGAUUUGGAAACGAAGGGAACAAGAGAGGGCAGUUUAAAAGACCCGAGGGAGUUGCUGUUACGAAGCAGGGAAAUAUCGUUGUUGCGGACUGGGGAAAUGAUAGAAUACAGGUUUUCUGAAGCUUUCAACCUGAAGGAAGCUUGCAGAUGCAGACCUUGGUGUUGUGACGGUGCUCAAGCCGACAGCUUGGCUAAGUAGCCAAAAUUUCUGGAUAGAACGUUGUAGUUUGCUCUCCAAAGUCGUCCAAAUGUGUGCAAGAAAUUAAAUGAAUCAGUUUAUCGAUGCGUUUACACAAGAAAGGAAGAUUUACAACAUCGUACACUUUAGAUACUUGACAUCGCCUGUAUGGGAGUGUAUUUCAUUAGAGAUUUCAUUUCUAAUAAGUAAUGGUGUUAUGUUCAAAGCAUACUGAUCGAUAUCUAUUCAGAUAACAUUGUUGUAUUUUUACAAGGGUAUUGCAGUGAGGACACUCGAACCGUGAACACUUGACAUUUUUUGUGCGUUUUGUUAGUGACGAAAGAAUGAAGGUUCUUCAUAUAAACGUGGGAGCAGGCUCAACUUUGAGUCACAAGCGCGAGCGAAGCGAUCCGGCGCUCACUGCUCGCGCGUGUGCUCCCCAAGCCCAGUCCUCACUUGCGACGCAAGCAUAAGCAUAAGAAUGCAAGAGGCUUAUAUGCGCUGAUGGGGACGGCUGUGCCAUACAUACAUGUAAGCAUAAGCAUGAGAAUAUCAAAUUAUGUUUAUAAUUAUGCUUAUGUCGCUAUUGUGUCCAGUAUGGACAUGUUGGCAUCAGUGCAAGCAAAAGACUUUCAUCUAAUCAAGCCCGGGCCUCACUUGCGACGCAAACGUAAGCAUAAGCACUGGCCUAAACGAAGCUUAUGCGCUAGUGAAGACGGCCGCGACAUAAGCAUAAGCAUAAGAAUAUCAAAGUAUGAUUUUGCUUAUACUUAUCUCGCUAUUAUGUCCAGUGAGUACUUGGUUGGCAUAAGCAUAAGAGAAAGACUUUCAGCCAAUCAGAGAGCACUUUAUGCUUAUGCCAAUUCUGUCCACACUGAACCGUGGCAUAACACCAGCAUAAGCAAAAGCAGAAGGCUUAUACUCACUUACGGCCGUCUCCACUAGCACUUAAGGUUCUUGUGCUUAUGCUUGUGUCGCAAGUGAGGAUCCGGCUUUAGUGUAAAAAACGUUAAUCUUUUUAAAAUUAUAUGAAGAACCUUUAUAGUUCUAUAGUCACCAAAAAAAUGUAGAAAAAAGCGUCAAGUGUUCAUAGCUCGAGUGACCCUAUUGUGUCAAAGAGAGAUAUCUCCUUAAAGAUUGUAUUAACAGUAAUAUUUUUAAUAAUAAUAUUUAGUCAGAAAGCUC